UGUGUCGGCGCGAUAGAACGUUGAACAUCUAUACGGUCUGAUCGGUUGUUGGAGUGGAGAAUAAAAAAGUGUAUCAUGAAUUGCACGUUCAACAUUAGUCGAAAAUUUGGCAAUGAUAGUUCGAAAAAAGUUAACACAUCAUCUGGUCAGGGAAUAGUGAAUCCUCUAUACCACGAUGUCUACCGUAGGUCAAUAGAAGAACCUGAAGGUUUCUGGGGAGAAUUGGGCGAGCAAUUGAUCGAUUGGGAUAUACUCUGGGACAAAGUUAUGGAUGACAGUAACCCUCCAUUCAGCAAAUGGUACGUCGGAGGUCAACUGAAUGCUUGCUAUAAUGCACUAGAUCGCCAUAUACUCAACAACAAAGGCCAAAAGGUGGCUUUAAUUCAUGACAGUCCAAUGACAAACACAGUCCGCCAUGUAACGUAUAAUGAGCUGUACAAAAAGGUAUCUUGUCUAGCUGGUGGUUUGAAAAAAUUAGGAGUAAGCAAAGGUGAUAGAGUUGUAAUAUAUAUGCCGCUAAUUCCGGAAACAAUUAUGGCUAUGUUGGCAACAGUGCGGCUUGGGGCUAUUCAUUCCGUAGUAUUUGGUGGUUUUGCUGCUAAUGAACUUUGCACUCGUAUCGAACACGCAGAACCAAAAGUUAUUAUAGCCGCAAACUGUGGAAUCGAACCAAAUAAAAUUAUACGAUACAUCGAUAUUCUACACGAAGCUGUAGAAAUAUCAAAAUGGAAACCACAAGUGAAUGUAAUAUUCCAAAGAACUAAUAUAUUAGUCUCUGAAUUAGAUAAACGAAUGGAUGUUGCUUGGGAAUCUGUGCUGGAUGAACCAACUGAAUGUGUGCCUGUUGAAGCAAAUGAUCCUCUUUAUAUCUUGUAUACCUCUGGUACAACAGAUAAACCGAAAGGUAUUCAACGCCCAACUGGAGGAUAUCUGGUAACUCUGAUGUAUACGAUGGAUACAAUUUAUGGGGUGCGACCUGAAGACGUCUGGUGGAACGCAUCAGAUAUGGGCUGGGUGGUUGGUCAUUCAUAUAUUUGCUAUGGGCCUUUGUUGUUUGGAGCUACAAGUGUUAUGUAUGAAGGUAAACCCGACCGUACACCUGACCCUGGCCAAUAUUUUCGCAUCAUUGAGCAGCACAAAGUCACUGCUUUAUUCUCAGUUCCUACCUCGUUUCGAGUAUUACGACGAGUUGAUCCUGAUAUCGAAUAUGGAAGGAAAUAUAACCUCCAAUCCCUACGAGCGAUUUUCAUUGCAGGGGAGCACUGUGAUUUUGAAACAAAGAGUUGGAUUGAAAAGAUUUUCGCAGUGCCAGUAUUGAAUAAUUGGUGGCAGACCGAAACUGGAUCAGCAAUCACUGCGACAUGUGUUGGAUUAGCUCACAACUUAAAUCCACCCCAGUUUACCACAGGCCUCCCAUUUUGCGGAUACGAUAUUCGCGUCUUGCAUCCAGAUGGAUCUGAAGCGGAUGCGAAUGAACUAGGUCGUAUAGUUGUAAAACUACCGCUUCCCCCAGGAACAAUGUCCACACUAUACCGUAACAAUGAUUUAUUUGAAAAAGUAUAUUUCCAUAAAUACCCUGGGUUCUACGAUACGAUGGAUGCCGGGUAUAAAGACGACAAAGGUUACUUGUUUGUAACAGCUCGCGAUGAUGAUGUUAUCAAUGUUGCCGGACACAGAAUUUCUACAUCUAGUUUAGAAGAUGCAGUAUUAAGACAUCCAGAUGUAGCUGAUGCUGCUGUUUUUGGGGUUCCAGAACCAACAAAAGGACAGAUUCCGCUUUGCUUGUACGUAACCAAGGAUAGUAUCACCAAAACUACAACAAAAUUAUCAGUAGAACUGAUUACUCUCAUCCGCGAAGUUAUUGGUCCGAUAGCGUCAUUUAGGCUGGUUGGAAAAGUAAAUAGUUUACCUCGUACCCGCUCAGGUAAGACUAUGCGGAAAGCCAUGGCGGAUUUUGCAGCAAACAAGACGGUUAUUCUACCAGGUACCAUAGAAGAUGUCAGCGUUUUCGAUGACAUUAAACGAGCAUUGCAAGAGCUUGGAUAUGCAACGAACGCACCGAUGCCUGUUGUAGGAAACAAGAAAUAGAAUAAUUACAGAAUUAAACGCAAAAAAACAUUUUUUGCAAGUUUAACCGUGACGUGGCCCAUAGGAGUAUUAGUUCGAAAAAGCUGGUUGAUUCAGAUUUUUAGAAUUUGAUUUUAAUUAUUAUGCCGUGGUCUGGCGGUUCAGAGCAUAAGAAAGGAUUCUUAAUGGUUAGUAGUCCUGUCUGUAGAUAAUCAACCUCCACGACGAAAUAUAGCUUCAAAGCGUUGCCUUGAGAUUCAUGUUAAUGAUGUUAUAAGAUUUUAUUCCGUUCUUGGGACAAACCUGCAUUUUAUGGAAGCAACCAGUAGAAGAGUCAUUGACGAUACACUCAACUUUACAAAACAAUAACAAUCCAGAUUUCCAUUCAAAAUUUCAUUAGCACUGGUAGGUUGGGAUAGUAUCCUAUUUAGUGAAUCCAAACCAUUUAGCAGAUAAGUUGGCAGUGAUAAUUUUUUUACAAAUUACAAUCAUCAUCAAAUAGGGGAAACAGGUAAAAACGGACAUCUUAAGGCUAUAAAUUGCAUUUUAUCACGAAUUGUAUACAAGCAGUGGUUUGCGAUAGCAUUUUAUUUACAUCGUAUAUGUAAAAAUACAACUUUAAAUUAUGAAAAAGAGGCAUAAAAUCGUCAUUUCUAAAUUUAGUCAGGGAAGAUGGACAGCUGACAUAGGAAAAAUGAAAGUCUGCAUAGGUAAAGGUACUAGGAAGAGUGAGACAUCUCGUCCAAUCAAUUUUGUUUUCUUUCGGUACACCACAAUAGCGUCGAUUAAGAAUAGCUUAAGAUUGUGCAAUAAUGUUGACAUUCAUUAAAAUAAGCUAUAUUUCUUUCCACCCUUUAACUCAACAUGAUACUAAAUAAAAAACCUGUUUUAAUCCACCUCAUGGUGUAA